AAGUUUUUGUCCCGCCUUUGUAGACAGAACAUCUGAAGAGCUGAUGCUUCUGUUCAGCUACAUUCUAGUGUUUUGUUGGUCUGGUUAGCUGAUUGCACUGAUCGGUGUGGUACACCUGUACACGUUAUUGGUGCAGGUUGAACCCAGGUGGUGUUUAAACAUAAAACGGAAGCUUCAGGAGGUAAAAGCCACAGUUUGUUCCACGCUGUCCUCCACGGUAGCCACAGCUUCCACUGUGGAUGAUGUCUGGCUUCAUGUGCUAGGUAGUUCCGUGACUCACCGCUUGUGUACGCGUGCGCCUGUCUCUACAUGCUCGUGUCUGCCCGUGUCAGUGCUGCCCGGGAGUCCACAGCCUUCUGUGUUACUGUGGGGAAGUCGUGGGUGCUGCAGCUGGCGUGAGGAAGCUACACGGAUUGGCCGCAGUGUGUUUUUUCUGCUUUCUCUUGUGAAGGGAGGAGGAGUGUCCGGUUAGGGGAACAUGAUCUUCCUCACACGCUGAACUCGGAGGAGUCCAAACUGGACGGAGACGAGACUUCAGGAGGACAAUGUUCAGCUUCAGACUCGCCUACAGUUUCUCAUACAACCUGUUCCAGUUCUGUGGCCACACGUGGAUACUGGCUAAUACUGUCGCCAGGUUUCUCAUGUUCGGCCAAGAUGCUUUGGCCGACACCUUUUACUCUGUGGGCUUUGUGAUGAGUCUCUGCCAGCUGCUCUCCAUUCUGGAGCUUUUCCACAUUGCGGACGGCAUCGAGAAAGCCCGGCUCCUUCCUCGCUUCAUCCAAGUGAUGGAGAAGAACCUUCUGUUGAUUAUGAUCAUCAUGCUGGAGGAGCUGCAGAGUAAACCGGUGGUGUGCGUGCAGCUCUUCUUCUGGAACGUGCUGGACCUCCUCCGGUAUCCUCACGAGCUGCUGUGUGUCAUGGAUACGCCGUCCAGCACCAUGCUGUGGACUCGCUACACGCUCUGGAUCCCCUUAUACAUCCUCACAGUCAUCGUUGAAGCUGCCACCAUCUAUCAGGCGCUGCCUUAUGCUGAGCAAACGGCCUCCCAGUCGUGUCCACUCAACUCAACGACAGCUCCAAACAGCCACCUCCCCGUGGUGCUGGCGCUCUACCUGCCCGUCCUCACUCUUGGAGCCUCGCUCACAGUCGGGCAGCUGCUGAAGGAGAGGCACCACCACCUGGAAAAGUGGAACAGGAAGAGGAAGUAACAUGAAGUCACAGCUCGCUGGAGUUACGGAUGAAGUCGAAUGUAACGAUCUGCUGUAAAGAGAGAAAAGGAUGUUCUAAACCCAAAAUGAUUUGUUGCACUUUUAUUGACAGCACAGAUUCCUACAGUACAGUUACUGUCUAACAUUAAACAUGCCCACAGCUCAGACCAGCAGCCGUGCGUCUCUUUGUGUACGAGCAGCAACACCUGAGCAGGACACCGAGGCUCCUCUGGGCUACCAGCCGUACGCUCUGGUCCAUACGGCUUUCUUCUUGAACUCUGCAGAGGACUUAAGCGCCAACAGAGCAGCUGAAAGGAACCACAGGAGAGAUCAGAGGGAUCAGAGGAUCAGAGAAAUCAGAGCGA